GUCAUAAAAGGGAGGUACACUGGGAAGUUCUCCAGAGCAGAGCAGAAACACUGAGAAUGUCAGCCACUGCAACCAUGUUGCGCUUUGUGAAAUCAGCCGCAGCGUCUUUUCUCUUGUUGUCUGCUCUUCUCUACAUGGCUGAUUCCUACCCCAACUACCCCUCAAACGUUCCUUGUGACGAGUGCUCACUGAAAAAGAACGACUUUUUCUCACGGGACCUUCCCAUCUAUCAGUGUAUGGGUUGCUGCUUCUCCAUGGCCUACCCGACACCUCUUAACGUCAAGAACAUUAUGGCGAUCCCCAAGAACUUUACCUCAGAGGCAACGUGUUGUGUGGCAAAGGACAGCUACGAGGUAAGCCUGAAGAACAUGAAUAACGUAAACGUGAGAAACCACACCGGGUGCUAUUGUGGCACUUGCAUAUAUCACAAGAUCUGAUAGGAGAUGGAAAUGAGUCAACUCCACUCUGUAAUCACAUUAUAAAAGCUUUUCUCCAUUUAGGAAUAGGAACACAUGUUCUCAUAUUACCAGAUCAUAGUUUCUGUAACUUUGUUUUGCUUGUGAUUUGUCGUGGACCCAAAUAAUGCGAGCCCAUGUGUUGUUUUAUUUGUUCAUAUGCAACAUUGGAAAGUAUAUAAUUAUGUGUAAAGUGUAGUAUGUGGUUGUUGUGACUAGACUUAAGCAGAUGCAAUAAAAUGGAAAAAAAGAAUGACCUUAUAAUUAAUGAAGCUGUAGAUAGUCUUUUUGUUUUGUUGAAAACAGUCAGACGAUAUGAUAGAGGGGAAACAGGUUUUCCUCACAUUCUGUGUGGAAGUGGUAUGUUAUGAGCGAUUUCGGAGCAAAAUGUAUACUAACAACAAUCUGGAAGUUGCUUCAUUUGCCAUUGUUUACUCGCACUAAACAAAUAUAAAAAACAUGCAUAUCUAGACGGAUGGGUUGGUGUCAAAAAUGUAAAAGUGGCACCCAUAUCAUAUUUUUAUGUCUUAAUUAGUUGUCAUUAGUAGUUUAGUGAGUGAAGAGUUCCUUGACACAAACUGAGCCACUCAAAGGUUUUUUGGGGUUGAGUGAUUGCUUUUUUUAAUUGCGCCACAAGCUGCAGCAAAUAUAAUGUAAGGUUUUUCUCCUAUGUGUGCUGUUGUUUGUGACACCAUACUCGUGAACAGUGAUUUUUUUUUUUACCACAAACUUGUGGUUGUCCAGAGUGCAUCCCGAGGGCCAUUUGUGGACGGCAAAAUUUUUUUGGGCCUGUGGCACAUUAUAGCUAUAAAGCAACCAAAAAACAAUGUUGAUGCAAACAUGAUACAACAAUUGUUUGUGCAUUAUUCAUUUUAAAGUUUGAUUCAUUCAUUUUCUAUACCAAUUGUCCUCAUUAGGGUUGCAGGGGUAUGAUGGAGCCUAUCCCAUCUAACUUGAGGCGGGGUACACCCUGAACCAGUCGCCAGCCAAUCACGGGGCACAUAUAGACAAACAACCAUUCACACUCACAUUCAUACCUAUGGACACUUUGGAGUCAACAGUUAACCUAAGAAGCAUUUAUUUUUAUUUGGGAGGGAGUCGGAAUAUGACUUUUUCACACUCAACUCCAUAAUAAACUUAAAUUAAAUAGUCAAAUGUAUAUAUGCACACCACUAUGACAUUAGAACAUAUGGAAUCAGAGUCACGGUCUUGUCUUUAGCCUGGUCAUCAGGCUACCACAACAACCACGCUACCAUCUCCUGUGGAGCGGGAUCCAUCUCCCUCUAAAGCGGCUACCUCCACAGGCUGCUAGGUUCUCCCAGAGAUGACACAGGCUUUCCUCCAACUAUGCAUCUACAUAAUCCACAAUUCUUGCCUGUUGUAAUUCCAGUAACAAUUUAAGGCGUCAUUAUGCGACAGCGUAAUUGAUAGCGGCUCGUUCUUCUCCCUAUAGCGGCAUUUUGAUGGCAACUCCAAAAAAAAUGAUUCAAAACUUGAAUCAACAGCAAAGCGGACAGCUGUGAUUCAUCUCCUUUUUUUGACUACAUCCAGUCGUCCCUCGCCACUUGGUGGAUUGAACAUCGUUUCCUCACUCUAUCUCGCUCUAUUUUCAAAAAUGAAUUCAUUAAAAGAUAUUUGCUG